AUGUAUAUUUAUCUUUUUCUGAUUGGAGCAGUUGUGAUGCUCUUUAUAUACGUUGAAAUUGAUGAGUAUAAAACUAUUUAAUUAAGUCAUAAACAAGCCAGCCAAGCCCAAAACUAAACAUACUUAGAAGCCAUUCAAAAAUAAACUCAUUAUUUAACUUAAGGUUAUAUAUUUAAAAUUAAUUAAGCUAAUGAUCUAUAUCUGAUGUAAAAUUAUGAGGAAGCUAUUGUUUAUUAUAAUAAGGCAAUUCAUUUACGAUUGGAUAAUCCAUCCGCUUACUUUUAUAAAGGAAAUACUCUAACAAAAUUAGAAUAUUUUGAGGAUGCAAUUGCAAAUUAUAAUUAAGCUUUAAAAUUAAAUUCCCAAAACGAUGCAAUAUAUUUAAAUAAAGGAUAUGCGCUAACUUAAUUGAAACUUUUUGAAGAAGCAAUUGAAUGUUAUGACUUGGCACUAAAAAUAAAUUUUCAAAAUGAUAAGGCCUACUACUAUAAAGGAAAAGCCUUACAUUAAGUUGAACACUACCUUGAAGCUGUAGAAUACUAUAAUAAAGCAAUCAAUAUAAAUUCUAAUAAUCAGCACUAUUAUUUUAGAAAAGGUUUCUAAUUUCGAAAUUAAUUAUAGGAUUAGCUUUAGAUAACCUUAAAGAAUAUAAUAAAGCUAUAAAGUCUUAUGAUUCUGCCCUUCGAAUAUCAAGAAAUUAAGAAAUAUUAACAAAUAAAAGUAAUAAUUCAAAAAAUUUCAGAUAAUUCGUUAUUGAAUUAGGAUAAAUUUGAUAGAGCAUAAGAAUUCAAAAAUGCAUCAAUUGUUGGCAAUACGAAAAUGAUAUAAUUAAUAUUAUUAUGA